GGCGGGCCGGGGACCGCCGGCGGCGGCGCAUGCGCGGUACGCGGCUCCCCGCAGCCCCCCGCCCGCGCCGAGCGAUAACCCUCGGUUCGGCGGCGGGACCUGUCAGCGGUGACGCCACGGCGGCGGCGGCCAAUGGGAGAGCGCGGCGAUUGUUUGGCCGCGGGGCCGUGCGCGGCAGCCCGGAGGCGGCGCGGUCCCGUCCCGCGGCCGCGCGGCGCGGGUCUGCGGGAGCCCGCGGAGGCCGGGCCGUGCGGGGACCUCCCCGGCCGCGGCCGCCGCCAAAAGCGAGCCCCCGCCACCCCCGCGCAGCCCACCCGCUGGCACCGUGCUCCCCGCCGCCGGAGCAGCGGGACGGGAAACUUUGGGGGGGAGAAAGAAAGAAAGAAAAAAAAGUUUUCCACCCCCCCCUCUUUUUUUUUCUUUGCUUUUUAUUUAUUCCCCCCCUCCCCCUCCCCCCCGUCUCUCUCUCCCCUCCGCCGUCAGAUGGCUUUUUAGCGUUAACAGCUAAAGAGCGUGGGUGCUCCGGGGAUCCCAGUGAUGGACCCCGCUGCUCUCUGCGGGCGGAACGCGGCGCUGAGAUUCGUUGACCCGGGGGGAGCUCUACGUCCCCAUCUCCGCCACCCCCCGCAGCCCGUGCCACGCUGCCCGGGCCUCGCCGCGCACCCCCCCGCCGCCGGGUCCCGCCUCGGGCCGCACCAACACAUGGGGCACGGCCACCAUCCUCCUCUUCCUCCUCAGCAUCACCUCGCGGCCCUAAAGCUCGGCCCUGCCCCUCAGCCCCACCGCCCGCGCCCGGCGGGCCCGGCCCAGCCGCUCUCCGGUCACACAGAGGCGUUCGGCCCGGCGGCGGCCCCCUGCCCCGUGUCCCACACAGCUGCUGUCAGGGACCCGGCCAUGCCCGGGCUGAGCGAGCAGCACCCCGCUGCCCGAUCUCACCAAGGACUGUUUGUCUCGACAACAGGUAGCUGCCCCGGACACCGCGGGCACCACCGCCCCUCGGAAGCCGGGAAUCCCGCGCUGUUCGCUGGACUCCAUGAGCAGCCGCCCCAUGCAGCUCCAGGUGGCCAUCUAAACGGACAGAUAAGGCUGGGGUUACCUGGAGAAAUGUACGCCAAGGCUGAACAUUUCACUCCAGUGCCAGCCUCCAGGACAGAGCCUUUUGCUGCUUCUUCGCUUCAUAGCUACGGUGGCAUGAACCUGAACGUGAACCUGGCUCCGCACCACGGCCCGGGGGCCUUCUUCCGCUACAUGCGGCAGCCCAUCAAACAGGAACUCAUCUGUAAGUGGAUUGAGUUGGAGCAGACUCCCAAAAAAUUAUGCUCGAAAACUUUCAGCACGAUGCACGAGCUGGUGACUCAUGUCACCGUGGAGCACGUUGGAGGACCCGAGCAGUCCAAUCACAUAUGUUUCUGGGAAGAGUGCCCGCGAGAAGGGAAACCUUUCAAGGCCAAAUACAAACUCGUAAAUCACAUCCGAGUCCACACAGGUGAAAAACCUUUCCCCUGCCCUUUCCCAGGCUGUGGCAAAGUGUUUGCCAGAUCAGAGAAUCUCAAAAUACACAAAAGAACUCACACAGGGGAGAAGCCUUUCAAAUGUGAAUUCGAGGGCUGCGACAGACGCUUCGCCAACAGCAGCGACAGGAAGAAGCACUCGCACGUCCACACCAGCGACAAGCCCUACAACUGCAAAGUGAGAGGCUGCGACAAGUCCUACACCCACCCCAGCUCCCUGAGAAAACACAUGAAAGUGCACUGCAAAUCCCCUCCUCCCAGCUCCGGCUACGAGUCCUCCACGCCCUCCUUGGUGUCCCCCUCCUCGGACUCCGGCCGGGACCCCCCCGCCUCGUGUUCCCACGCCGAGCCCUCCGCGCCCGCGCCGCCCGCCGCCAACCUGAGCGAAUGAUGUCUGCCCCGUUGCUCUCAAGGUAAUCUAGACAGACGCAGCUGAAAGCCUGAAUCUUAUGCCUUAGACAUCAAAGAAAGCUCGCACAAAGAAGUAUUUCUUCACAACGGUGAAUCUUCAUGGUAAGUUAGGAUUUCUAUGGCAAUAGGCAAGUCAUACUUAAAUAGUGAAAGGCGAAGUCUGGAGCCCGUCCAGUCUUUUCAUUAAGGACAUAAUAUUUACGUCUAACGGGCCCUUUUUCUUGUGUAUACAAGUAUAUAUUUUUGUUUGACGCCAACUAAAUCAUUUUCAUUUAAUUUCCGGUAAACAAAACCCACGCGAACAGGGCACUUGUUCCAGAUCAUAAUAAAAAUGGAUAAGAAUGUCGGGAAGAAAAGGCCCGCCUGAACCGCCGCCUCGGCUCACUUUUGUUUCUUCUUUCUGCCGGGAUCAGAGAAUGCGUUUGGGAUUUGAGGGCGAGUUUCUAAAGGCAAGGAAAUGGUUUUUAAGGGGGAAAAGAAAAGGAGAAAGGUCUAAUCAAGCUCGGGUUGUUCAAAGGGCCUGAUUUUGGGGUUGAAAGUGUGAGUUUUAUGGUGCAUCAGCAUGCCACGUUAGGAUCGCUAUGGUAAUGAGGAGAGCAAUAGCAAGCGGCCUUCAAAGGAGGCACACUCCAUUUGAGACAGUCUAUUAAGAUACAUUUGCACUGACCUUUGGUUUCAUGCUAGCUUAAUACACUCAAUCUGCCCCUCGCUACGGACAUGCUUCUUCCACCCAAGGCCCUUCUGCCUGGCCGGGCUCUGCCGGCCUUCUCCCUCGCCCCGAGCGGGCUCCGCUCCCCUCAGCCCCCAUAAAGGGGCAGCUCUGGGCUCUGCCCGCACUCCCCUCACCCCCAGCCCCUCGGUAGGACGGGGAAGAACCCCUCUGCCGGCCGCCCCACGGAGGGGCUGCGCCGGGGAUGUCACCGCGACCCGCGGCUCCGCUCAGGGCUCGGCCCGAGGGACCCCCCCGCAGCCCCCGGGGGCGGGGAACUUGACACCCGCACGGCCGGGGCCAUGGGCGCUGGGCCAUGGGCCCGGGAAAGUUAGAAGUCCAUGUUCCAGUAAUUGUCUUGUUGUUUAUUUUAUCCAAGUACCCUGGUGAAUAGGGGAAAAAUAAACACGGUGAAAAAAAAUUCAAACAGUUGAGUCGUCUUUAGUGCCAGCCCUUGUGGUUGAAUAAAAAGGAUGGUCCAAUUUCUAUUGAGCUGAGAAAUCUUUGAAGUGGGAGUUAUUAUCUGAGAAAUUCCUGCUCGUCGUCCUAACAACGCUGAUGAAACGUAAAAGGUUCUUUGUCAGCGAUUUGUUCUCCUCUCUGUCAAACUCACCCUGCCCGUUAGCUUUAAACCGUUUCUAAAGAGAUAAAAUCAAACUUUUAAAGAUAACUUUGGGGGCCCAGAGGGUGCGGAAAAUACCAAACUACCGAAUCCUGUGUAUAGACAUACAUCUGGAUCUACGUGGCUGCGUCUGUGUGAAACUGUCUGCGUACAGAUGUCCAUAGAUGUCUGUAUGACCUUACCGCUCGAAAGUUGAAAUGAUGUCCAUUUUGGCAUUUUAUCCUCCGAACUUUUCCGUCUAAUAAAUUAUUCCUCCACAUAUGCUGCGCAGAAUGCAGCUCCUGAGAGAAGGCAGAAGCGUUGGGUCUCGUUGCUACCAGUAUGUGACCAACAAACGUGUCCUUUCACUAGAAUGAAAGCAACAGCAAAGACAUCAGAGUAAAAGUCUUUGAUCAUUUGAACAGUCCGAAUACCUAUUAAGCGUGUAUAUACUGCGAUGUAUCGAAGUGGUUAACGCAUUCAAAGCGAUGGCUUCCAUAUGCUCCCAUGUUUUAUUGUCCGUAAGUGUAAAGAUAGCCCAACCGCAUCCCUUUUGUAUCUUCAUUUGAUAAACAUCACCGUGUGUACCGAUUCCCCGAUCAAGAUUUAUUUAGGAGUUUCCCAUCGGAGAUCAUUAAAAGCUCUGUUUGUAAAGCGGACUCCUCGAAGUUGUAACUCAUCGGUGUACUUCUGUUUUAGUUGCUACAGAGUGAUCUGAGCCCAAUUCCGCCGUCCUAAGCUGCCCCAAUAAUUUAAUGGGACUUUUCCUGAGUAAAGACCGAGUCGAACUGCGGCGGAGGGGGUAUUGCUAUUAUUAAUAUUAUUGUUAUUAUGAACUCUGGGUCUUGUCAUGUUUAUGGGGAAAUCUACCACACUCCUCGUGAACUGUACAGAGAAGAAACACCUCUGAAAAUGUAGCUCGCAAAAACAUUUGCAAUGUCGAUAUACUGUAUCUGAGUUCUUAAACUCCGUCUUUUCCUUCAUCACGUGUUUGGUAACGGAGGACCUUUCUGUUGUGCGCUUGAACACACUAUUUAUUUUUAAUAUUUGGAUUUUUUUUACAAUAAAUAUUUAUAAACGUAUCAAUUCUAGGGUUAUUUUUACAGAUGUGCACUUUUAAAAAUAUGUGUUUGUACCGACGAUGCCGAACCGCUCCCAGAGCGCUGCGAUUCGUCCUCCUGUUGGUUUUAUAUUCGUUGGCAAAGAUUUCUCGAAGCGGUGUACUGUCCAUGUGGUGUACGAUAUAAGGCGUGUUUUCUGUUGGUCUUUAUCCUCUCCUAAUGUUAAUCGUUUUAGGUUGGCAUUUGCAUUAAAAGAACAAAACCAAA